AUGGAUACCAGAGGAUUCAUACAGGAGAAGCCAUUUAAAUGUUCAGAAUGCAGUAAGUGCUUCAUACAGAAGUAUAGUCUUACUCAACACCAGAGGGUUCACACAGGAGAAAAGCCGAACUCUUGUCUUAAUUAUGGGAACCUGUUCUUCCAUGGACGUUAUUGCUUGUUGGAUACCAGAGGAUUCAUACAGGAGAAGCCAUUUAAAUGUUCAGAAUGCAGUAAGUGCUUCAUACAGAAGUAUAGCCUUACUCAACACCAGAGGGUUCACACAGGAGAAAAGCCGAACUCUUGUUAA